GGACCAAUAAAUGAGCUCGAUCUGAGAGGAACAAGAUGUUGAAGUCUAGCUGGACUUGUUUUGUUUUGGUUUGAGUCACCAGAGACAAUGUGACUGUUAAAUAACAGUUUAGGCAUUAAGGAAUAUUAAUAUCUCAUAUGUUUGUGGCAAUGGGGUCACUGAAGCUCAACGUUGGACAGGAAGAUUCAGCGACGGUGGCAACAGUUGCCGAGGCCAAGUUGGUGUGCCAGGGAGUAAACAACCAGACCUACAUCUGUGAGUCGGGUCACUGCUGUGGAGAGACCAUGUGCUGCAGCUACUACUAUGAACUGUGGUGGUUCUGGUUGGUGUGGACUCUGAUCAUUAUCCUGACAUGCUGCUGUGUUUGUCAGCACUGGCGCUCCAAGCAGCGCUUUCAGCAGCAGCGCCGGCAGAACGAGAUUAACCUCAUCGCAUACAGAGAGGCUCAUAACAACUCUCAACUUCCACUCUAUCUCAGAUUCUUGCCCACUUACCUGCUGCCAGCCUAUGACGAGGUAGUUGACCGUCCAGCCACGCCUCCUCCUCCCUACACCCCUCUUCAGUCAGCACCUCCACCCACAGCCCCACCUGAUGAAUCUCGUUGCCCCCACUUGGCCAUCUCCGUCCCCAGUGAUUGUGAUGCAGCACUCCCCGCUACUCCAGAGGUCACGCACAACCACCUUCAAAGCGCUCACAACCCCAACAAGGACUCGACGCCGGGCAGGUACCGGCGCUUCACAGGGGAUUCUGGCAUUGAAGUGUGCGAUGGCCAGGAGCUGUGGGAUCAGCACAGCUUUUUAGAAAGAGAAGAAGAGACAGCGGAAGAGGAAGUGGGGCAAAUGGAGGACACGUGUGAUCCCUCUGGUCCUGAGACCUUUGAACACAACCAUUGUGGUGGUGUCGUCAUUCAUGGAAACACAGAUGGACACACAGCUGUGGAUACAGACACAGUCUCUUAGGUAAUCCAAAAAAAUGCAGUCCUGAAA